AACUGGCUAGAAAUUACGUCCUUAUACCUCUAUUAACGUCAAGUGUGACAGAAUGAGCGAGAUAAUUUUUUUAAAACAUGCAAGAGCUUAAUAUGCACUACAAGAUUUUGAAAAUAAUUUAUAUUAGGUUUUAAUAGUUUUAUUCUACGUCUAAUUAAACUAGUUUUGAUUUUUGAGAUAUAGGUAUAAGGUACCCCGUGUGAUGCUUUUAGUGCACCCCGUUUGCAAGUCCUUUCCAGCGUGAAUCUUUCCCAAGUGGCAUCCGUGUAGUGUCCGCCGUUGCUUUUGGAUCAUAUCGCGAUGUCGGGAAACCUGAACGUGUUGGGCCUGAAGGACGACGAUGUGCGACGGUUCCUGACGGCCAAGACCCACAUGGGUACUACCAACCUGGACUUCCAGAUGCAGCAGUACUGCUUCAAGAGGCGCUCCGACGGGGUCCACCUGAUUGACCUGAAGAAGACUUGGGAGAAGCUCCUGCUGGCGGCCCGUGCCAUUGUGGCAAUUGAAAACCCGGCCGAGGUGUGCGCCAUCUCCUCGCGGCCCCACGGCCAGCGGGCGGUGCUCAAGUUUGCCAGCUUUACGGGCGCCACCCCCAUCGCCGGCCGCUUCACCCCGGGAACCUUCACCAACCAGAUCCAGGCGGCGUUCCGCGAGCCUCGGCUGCUGGUGAUCUGUGACCCGCGUGCGGACCACCAGCCCGUGACGGAGGCGUCGUACGUGAACCUCCCCGUGAUUGCCUUCUGCAACACGGACGCCAGCCUGCGCUAUGUGGACAUUGCCAUCCCCUGCAACAACAAGGGCCAGCACUCGAUCGGCCUCAUGUGGUGGAUGCUGACCCGGGAGGUGCUGCGCAUGCGGGGCUCCAUCAUCCGCGACAUCCCCUGGGAGAUCAUGGUCGACCUCUUCUUCUACAGGGACCCCGAGGAGACUGAAAAGGAGGAGCAGGCCCAGGUGGUGCCCGAGCGUGCGGUCAAGGAGACGGCCGAGUUCCCCUCGGAGCAGUGGGGCGGCGCCGACGUCGCCAGCGCACAGCCGGACGUCACCGAUUGGUCCGCAACCCCGGACGUGAGCGCUUUCGCGGCUCCCGCUCCGGCCGCGGCUGCGGCUGCACCGGUGGCUACGGACGACUGGGCGGCCGCCCCGGCUGUGGAGGACUGGUCGGCCACUCCCGCGGCUCCGGCUUCGGGCACGGCCGCCCCCACCAGCGACUGGGGUGCAGCCGGCACCGACAACUGGAGCUAGGCCACGAGGACCGUCUGCAUUGUCGGAAUAAGCGACCAAUAAAGGCACUUUUGAGUA